UCUUAUCUUUGAUUCAGUGUCAGAAAAGAGAAUGGAACAAAAUGAAAUUUUAAGAAUUUAAAGGAACGGUGCUGAACAAUUAAUUCUGAAUUUCCAUUUACCACAAUCAGAAUAUUGGAUCAGAAAAAAGGAGAAAAAUCAAAUGCUGUCACGAGUGUGCUUCUCUUGCAGGGAAAAGUGGGAGAAACUGCUGAGCUUUGAUCAUUUAUGAUGCAGCAAUCUCUACAGGAAGUCUCAAAUUGAUAGGAGGAUAAAGAUGGAUUUUUUAAUGUCAUUCUUUUUCAAGGCUUUGCUGCUUUUUUUUGCAGUUACCUUGGCAAAGUUCAUCAUGGAACCAAAAGCUGGCAGCCUUGGUGGUGGAACCUGGAUCACAAUAAACUUCGAUGGUCUCUCUCACUUGGUCAACUGGUCACAGCUCCAAGUGGCAUUAUUGAAUCCAGAGCUGCCUCCAGUGCUGUGUGACAUUAUGCCUGUCAGUGUUUUCCUGUCCACAAUAAAAUGCCAAACAAGAUCUUCUCCGCGGGAAGGGCUUUACCAUCUCCAGCUGAGUUUGAAUGGACAGAGUAUCAGCAACAUAGAUGAAUUACAUGAAGAGAACUGUACAUUCCAGUUCUCCGUUGCAGAGACACCUGUGGUGUUUCAUGUGAACCCCUCAUAUGGAGUCCCAGGAAAUGUAAUACAAAUUUAUGGUCUGAUUCUAGCCCAAGACUAUGAAACCUACAAUUUCAACAUGGACUUUAUUGAUGGGCCUGUAAUCCUUGAGGCAGAAAAAGAUGGGUGGAUAACUAUAUGUUCUCUUGCCAGUCAGCAGACUCAUAGCAUAUAUCCUAUUCAACUAGAUCAUGGCCUGGGAACUGUAGAGUGUCAAGUGGAAGGCAACUAUAUUGGGUCACACAAUGUUAGCUUUUCAGUGUAUAACAAGGGAAAGUCAAUAGUACACAAAGAUGCUUGGCUUAUCAGUGCUAAACAGGAACUUUUCUUGUACCAGACAUUCUCAGACAUUUCUUCAGUAUCUCCUGCUGCAGGCAGCCUCAGUGGUGGAACUGAUCUCACCAUCACAGGGAACUUCUUUGAUGCACCUGUGAAAGUCACAGCUGCAGGAACUCCCUGCCAAAUUAAACAUAUUACUCCACAAAAGAUAAUCUGUACAACUGGAGGAGUUGACAAUAAUAGAACUUUCAGUGAAAUUCAACCAGGAAACAGGGGGCUUCUUUUUGAAGUUUGGGAUAGUUCAGACACUAAUCUCACUGAAGCGAUUCCAGGAUACAGCUGGCAGAUUGUUCCUAAUGCCAGUUCUCCAUACAAUUUUCUGUCUGGGAAACAGAAACUGUUCAGUGCACGACUACGUGGCUUUUUCGUGGCACCAGAGACAAAUAAUUAUACAUUUUGGAUUCAGGCAGAUGGCAAAGCUUCGUUGUAUCUAAGCCUGUCAGAUGAUCCAAGAAGAAAGGUGGAAGUUGUAUCAAUUCCUACUGGCACUUCUGAUUGGUCAGCCCUUUGGGAGGAAGAUUGGGCCUAUCCUAGGAAGCCCAAAUCAGAGAAAUAUGAGCUUACUGGUGGUACAAUGUACUAUUUGGAAGCCGUGUAUGAUGGGAGAUCCCCAAACAAUGGAAUUAGGGUGGGAGUUCAGAUGCAUAAUACCUGGCUGAACCCAGAUGUGGUCAGUACUUAUCGCAGAGAAAGCUACAAAAUACAAGUCAGUGCUGUCCAGCUUCCAGAGAUACAGAUGCUGAUACUGUCUGGCAGAGGAUGGUUCAGUCUUGCCUGGGACAACGUGACCAGCAAUCUCAUGUCAACAAAUGUUACUGCUGAACAAAUGCAGAAAGAACUGGAAGAACUUCUUUCGGUAAAAUGUGAAAUAGAGCCAUCAUCUGCUAAUAUUUUUUUGCAAGCAAGAUUUGAGCAAAUAGAUACUGAGAAUCUAGUCAAUGGUGGAGCCAUUGUCAGUUGGACAGAACCCUUUUGUGGAAGAUUCAGCACGUUCAGGCCAAAAAGUCUUAUCAAAACAUCUCAAUUAAUCCCUCCUUAUGAUGUCACUAAAUACACACAUCUGUGCUUUGCAUAUAAAGGUUACCUGAACAACACCCUCUACAUUGCAGUGUCUUAUUACAAUACCUUUCUAAAUACUGUGAAAAAGCAUUUGACUUGCCAAUGGAAUCCGAAAUCCAGCCCAGAAAGCUGGAAAUUCAUAUGUACCAACCUUUGGAAAGACUGUCUGAGUAGUUCUGAAUUCCUUACUGAUCUUCCAAAAAACUCUUCAGUGUUUUUGCACCAGAUUGAUGUAGAAGCUCCUGCUACUGGGACAGAGACACCUGGCUGGUUUUUCAUUGAUGAGAUCAUUGUUUCAGAUCAAGAUGUAGUUGUUUUUCAAAAGGAACCCAGGUCAGCUCACCCACAUGGGAACCUCAUAGAAUCCAUCUCAGUUGCUGGCAUCCCACCUGUAUUUAAUGUAUCCUUUUUUGUAGCAGACUAUCACACGAACUUCCCUCUUCUCUCACUCAGGGGAGGUAUGCCUUUGGAGGGAUCAGAAGGGGCUGAUCAAUUGCUGAUGUCUGUGAAUGAGUCAAGGAUCAAUUUGACAGUCCAAAGGAUACAGGGAGCAAGUCCAGCUCUUGGAGGAACUUUUCAAAUCCAUCUACCUAACGUGGUGAUUCCAGGUAUCCCAGUGUCCAUCUCUGCUGAUCAGCUCCACAGUCUUCUGCAAAAUUACAGUGAUAAUUUUACAGCUCAGUAUAUAAAUGCCAAUGACUUUUCUGUAUCUAAGAUUUCAAGCAACUGCUAUCAAAGUAUAUGGACACUGACCUGGACUUCAAUGAUUGGUGAUUUGCCCAAUUUCAUCAGGGUCUCUGAUGAAAACCUCACUGGUCUUAACCCAGCAGCUAUGAGCUAUGUAGUAUUUGAUGGUGGCGUUUUCAUUCAUCCAGUAUUUGGAGAUAUGCUUGCUACCCCUAAUAACUUUACACAGGUUGUAGUUACAGUGAAUGACAUUCCUGCAAAUUGUUCCGGCUCAUGCACUUUUCAGUAUCUCAGGGAACUGACCCCUUUAGUCAGUAGCAUUGACUAUUCUACAGGUGAUACAGAUCACAUAAUAAUUCACAUUAUAGGAUCUGGCCUCACUGCAGAUAGUCAAUCAUUGCACGUAGAAGCAAACAACAUAACCUGCAAAAUCCUAAGUUCAAAUCACACUAGUGUCCUUUGUCAGAUGAAAUUAUUACCAGUUGGAAUGUACAGGGUUACAUUAUUGGUAAGACCCUAUGGGUUUGCAAUUAAUACCAGUGGAGAAAGUAGUAUCUUCCUGAAGAUUACACCUAGAUUGACUUCUGUUGAACCAUCAACAGCUUCGGAGAUAG